AAGAGCGCCGGUGCGGAAGUAGCCGAAGAAUCCCGGCGUCAUUCGGCGAAAGGUCAGCCCAGCUCCUCUUCUGCCUCCUCUGGACCCGAACCUUCUCCGGGUUCGAUCCGGCUCUCAAACGUCCCAUGUCUGGGUCCAAAUGCGCGCGGCUGCAGGGCGCGCGGCUGCAGCAGCUGCUGGACUCGGUGGACAGCAUCCUGUUCGACUGCGACGGCGUCAUCUGGCGGGGAGACCAGGCGGUCCCCGGCGCGCCGCAGGUCAUCAACCUGCUGAAGCGCCACGGGAAGAGGGUCUUCUUCGUCACCAACAACAGCACCAAGACCCGCAGGAUGUACGCGGACAAGAUGUCCACGCUGGGCUUUGACGUCACGGAGCAGGAGGUGUUCGGGACGGCGUUCUGCUGCGCCGCCUUCCUGCAGACGGCCUGCGGGCUGCGGGGUCAAAAGGUCUUCCUGAUGGGGAGCCAGGCCAUGAGGCAGGAGCUGGAGGCCGUGGGGAUCCGGCAGACCGGGGUGGGACCCGACCACGUCUCGGGGGGGCCGGGAGACUGGGCGAACGUGCCCCUGGACCCGGAGGUGAAGGCGGUGGUGGUGGGCUUCGACCAGGACUUCAGCUACAUGAAGCUGAACCGGGCCGUGCAGUACCUGAUCCAGAAGGACUGUCUGUUCGUGGGGACCAACAGGGACACCAGGCUGCCUCUGGAGGGGGGCCGAGCCGUCCCAGGUACAGGCUGCCUGCUGCAGGCCGUGGAGACGGCGGCCCAGCGCCAGGCCCAGACGGUGGGCAAACCCAGCCCCUUCAUGUUCGAAUGCCUUGCCUCCCAGUUCGGCGUGGAGCGCGAGCGCUGCCUGAUGGUGGGGGACCGCCUGGACACCGACAUCCUGCUGGGCUCCAACUGCGGCCUGAAGACCCUGCUCACCCUGACGGGGGUCAGCACCCUGGAGGACGUGGAGGGUCACGAGAAGAGUGGCUGCGAGGAGAGGCGGAAGAUGGUGCCGGACUUUUACGUGGAGAGCAUCGCUGACCUCCUUCCUGCUCUGCAGGGGUGAAGAACACAGAAGAUUUAUAUUAAUAAUAUAUAGAAGAGUACGGAGCUCCUAAAGGGACAUAAAAUUACAAAAAAAGUCCCUAAAAAGAGAGAAACCAGACAUAAUUUAAAUCUAAAAAGAUUGUUCUAGUGCGCACAAGAAACCAGUACUAUUCGUUUUUACUUUUGUUCCUUUAGGGGCUCCGUAGAGUGCUCUUUUGCAAAGCAGUUUGGCAACUCUACAGACACUUUCAUGUGCUCCUUUAUUUUGAAAUGUACGGAAAAUGUACAUUUUAGUCAGUAAAAAGACAGUUCUGGUGCGUACAACAAA